GGCGCCCGGGCGGCCGGCGAUGGUGACACAUGCGGCGGCGGCGCGCCGGCGGCAGGACCAUGGUUGAGCGCGCCAGCAAGUUCGUGCUGGUGGUGGCGGGCUCGGCGUGCUUCAUGCUCAUCCUGUACCAGUACGCGGGCCCGGGGCUGAGCCUGGGCGCGCCCGGGGGCCGCGCGCCCCCCGACGACCUGGAUCUCUUCCCCACGCCGGACCCCCAUUACGAGAAAAAGUACUACUUCCCCGUGCGCGAGCUGGAGCGCUCGCUGCGCUUCGACAUGAAGGGCGACGACGUGAUCGUCUUCCUGCACAUCCAGAAGACCGGCGGCACCACCUUCGGCCGCCACCUAGUGCAGAACGUGCGCCUCGAGGUGCCCUGCGACUGCCGGCCGGGCCAGAAGAAGUGCACCUGCUAUCGGCCCAACCGCCGCGAGACGUGGCUCUUCUCUCGCUUCUCCACGGGCUGGAGCUGCGGGCUGCACGCAGACUGGACCGAACUCACCAACUGUGUGCCCGGUGUGCUGGACCGCCGCGACCCAGCAGGUCUGCGAUCGCCCAGGAAGUUCUACUACAUCACCCUGCUGCGAGACCCAGUGUCCCGCUACCUGAGUGAGUGGCGACACGUGCAGCGUGGAGCCACGUGGAAGACGUCUUUGCACAUGUGUGACGGGCGAACGCCGACCCCAGAGGAGCUGCCGCCCUGCUACGAGGGCACAGACUGGUCAGGCUGCACGCUGCAGGAGUUCAUGGACUGCCCCUACAACCUGGCCAACAACCGGCAGGUGCGCAUGCUGGCUGACCUCAGCCUGGUGGGCUGCUACAACCUGUCCUUCAUCCCCGAGAGCAAGCGAGCCCAGCUGCUGCUGGAGAGCGCCAAGAAGAACCUGCGCGGCAUGGCCUUCUUCGGCCUCACGGAGUUCCAGCGCAAGACGCAGUACCUGUUUGAGCGGACGUUCAACCUCAAGUUCAUCCGGCCCUUCAUGCAGUACAACAGCACGCGGGCGGGCGGCGUGGAGGUGGAUGAGGACACCAUCCGCCACAUCGAGGAGCUCAACGACCUGGACAUGCAGCUCUAUGACUAUGCCAAGGACCUCUUCCAGCAGCGUUACCAGUACAAGCGGCAGCUGGAGCGCAGGGAGCAGCGCCUGCGCAAUCGUGAAGAGCGCCUCCUGCACCGCGCCAAGGAGGCGCUGCCGCGGGAGGACGCGGAAGAGCCCGGCCGCGUGCCCACCGAGGACUACAUGAGCCAUAUCAUCGAGAAGUGGUAGUGGUGGCAGGGGCAGAGAGUGGAUGGGGCGAGAGUUCACGGGGAAAGAAGUGGGGCCAGCGCUUCCUGCUGUUUGGCGUAGAGGGAAGCGCGCUAGUAGGAUACCCUAGACCCUGAUGGGCAGGGUAGGACCUUGAGGCGGAUGGCCUCCCAGCUCCCCUGGCCCCCGUGUCGCAGUUAAAACUGACGAAGAUUUGAAAAGAGACUGGCGAUGGGGACAUGUCUGCUCAGCCAAGAGUCCCACACCUACUAUGCACGCACUGGCCCCCAUGACCAGCCCUCUAGGAACACGUGACUAGCUCCUAAUAGCGCAAUUGAAGCUCCUUGGCCUCUGGGAAACCCUAAUAACCCAGAAUCUUGGGGAGCCUUUUCCUUGAGAACACAGGUGUAUCUCUGAGGUGUCCUGGACUAGCCCCCUCCACACCCCGCCCGUCAAAGCUGCUUUCAAGGUCAGGGUCAGCCCCUACUAUUUCAGAGAAGACUGUCUGGCACCCGGCCACUGCACUCUGGGCCUUGAGCAGAAUCCACAGUGCAUCCUGGCUUUGGGGAACCAGGCUCAGGCAGGAAUGGGAUGGACACCAGGAGUCCCCCUCCCCAACCAAUCCCUAUGUUUUCUGAUCCACUGCCCCCAGCCCCAUUACUGGGACAUUUAUACAAGGGCUCAUGUGCCAGUGUUCCCACCAUACCAGCAAUUCUUAGUCCGGCGCAUGAAAGCAUCCAUUGGCCGGGAUACAGGGCCACACCAACCUGAGUUGGUACUGGAUGGCCAGGAUGGGGAUUUUCCCAUUCUCAGCUAAGAUGGGGAGAAAUAGCUCUACGUGUCCUUCUGGGGGCCUGAAUGCACAACCCCCCAGACCCUGGCUCUCCAGGUGUCAUCCUGCCCUUCACAAGUAUGACCAGGCUAUUUCCAGCAGAUCCAUGGGCCGGCCAGUGACCCUUCUAGAAGCCAUGUUGCACAGCCAGCCCUCACCUGGUGCCCUAUCCCUUACCUUCUCUAGGAGGCCCUGGCGGAGACAUCACGGCUUUUUUCAGAGUCCGACUGCAUGCAGCCAAGCAUUGUGAGCUGACCCCGAGGCAGGACAGGCCCUCCUCCCAUGUCCAUCUUACUCAGCACUCAGGCUAAGAAGGGGUGGCGUCGCCACAGACUAGUGGAGGCCGGAUGUAGCACAGCAAUAUUCCAGAUGUUGGCAGGUGUAGCUGCUGCUCAGGAGUGAUGGCCUGACACACACAUGUACGGUAUGGGACCUACACUCAGGUACCAGGCACUUGACCUUGGGGUCCACAGGCAAGGUGUGUUCUGAUGGCACUGCCCAGUCCAGUCCAGGGACACCUUUACAGUGGGUGGCCACACUGAGGAGGUUGGUAGCAAGAUGAGUUAGGAGGUCAAGGUCACUGUGAGAGGAAUCGGCGUAGAUGCUCAGUUUAGCGUGACUAUACUUCUGGGGGGAACGUGGGACAUCUUUGGGGAUCCAUGGGGUCUUUUCCAGGUCAUGUUGGUUGCAGCCAGCUUCUGUCAGGAAGUACCCCAGCUCCAUAUGACCCCUCUUCACAACUCUCUGUAUAAACAACCCAAACACAGAAUCUGUUCUAGACAUAUUGGAAUAUGUUUUUACCUAUGCCCCGCCCCCCUGACUCACAGAAGCACGGGUCUCUUCUCAGUCUUUGCUGCAUUUGAAAACUUGUCCCCGCCCAUCUCAGGCCAGUGCCAGGCUGAGGCAGCCUCAGCCCCUCGAUGGCCCACCCCUGCCUAAGGCUCAGGCCACCAGCUUUGGGGCACAGCUUCCUGGUACUCAGCAUCUCAGAACAGGGUGCACCCCCGUCCCUCCAGCUCUAAGGACUCUGCCCACCCCGGGGACACUCCCUGGGGCGGAGAGGCCAUGCAAAUGCAGCAAGCUAACAACUCAGCCCCGAGGCACCCCACAGCCCUGCAGAUACCCCCUCGUAGAGUGGGGGCCACAGGACUGUCCACCGGCGCGUCUGAACUGGAAGUGUCUCACUUGAACCCAGGAGCUUUACAGCUUUAUUUAUUUAUGGCUUCUUAUUAAAAAUAAAAAAUAAAAAUAAAAAGUGUUGAGAAGGAAUCUUUUGGUUAUUCAUAUGAAGCAAAGAAAUGAUGGAAAAGCAACUGGUUGUCUUCUAAUUGUCUUUGUCUAGGUGGAGAAUGAACAUAGCAGAUGAAAUAAACCCUGAAAAGGUCA